UCGCCCGCACCCAUGCUGCUGCCGCUGGCCGGGGGCGCGCUCUUCUUCCCCGGGCUCUUCGCGCUCUGCAACUGGUGGCUGCGCCGCGAGCGGCCGCGAUGGAGCGACUCGGACCGUGCCAUGGUCAGCACCAGGGUGGUUUCUUCGGUGCAGGCGGUGCUGGCCACCGGCUCGGGGAUCAUCAUCAUCCGCUCCUGCAGAAACGUGCUCAGAGACAGGCACUGGCUGGCCCGAGAAUAUGUCUGGUUUUUGGUUCCGUACAUGAUCUAUGACAUUUAUGCUAUGUAUCUCUGUGAGUCGUACCGAACCGAAGACCGUAGACACUCCUUCACCAUUUUCCGCAACUUCCUAAGUAAAAACCGCCUCAUGAUCACGCACCAUGCAGUCAUUCUGUUUAUCCUUGUGCCAGUUACACAGACUCUCCGGGGAGAACUUGGGGAUUUCUUUGUUGGCUGCAUCUUCACCGCAGAACUGAGCACUCCGUUUGUGUCGCUGGGCAGAAUUCUAAUUCAGUUCAAGCAGCAACACACCCUUCUGUACAAGGUGAAUGGAAUCCUCACACUGACCACCUUCCUUGCUUGUCGGAUCCUUCUAUUUCCCUACAUGUACUGGUCCUAUGGGCAGCUUCAAGAACUGAGCCUAUACCAAGUGCCAUUUCACAUCCCCUUCUUCUGCAAUGUGGCCAAUGCCUUCCUCAUCGCACCCCAGAUCUAUUGGUUCUCACUGCUGUGCAAGAAAGCAUUUCGACUUUUUGAUGCUCCCCCUGCCAAAAAGGAUGAUUAACUGAACCCAGGGGUCAGGCAGAUACGGUGCUGCCUUCACCUAGCUGCCUCCUCUGCUCUGUAUUCCGUGGGCCAAAGAGUCCUAGGUAACCUCACCCUUUUGAGUAUUAGUAAGCAGAUGGGUUUGAGUUUUUCUAAAAAGAUAUUUAUACACACAUCUCCCUCUUUUGCAAAGCACUUUUUACCUAAU